CUAGAAAAACGGGGGAGGUCUUGCAGUGGGAGCAGCUGGGUAGCCUGGAAAGUUGAGAAAUACACAAGCAUGUUGGUGGGAUGUUUCAUUGUUCCAGAGUUGAGCAACGAGCACAUCCUUUGUUACUCAGCACCAACCUAGAAAGUUGUCCUUUUUUUCAUUUUGGCUGUAACAAAUCCCACAAGUUUCACUCCAGUACAUCUGCAGCAUCACAAAUUCCCAUGUGACUGAUAAUUCUUAUUCACAAGAACUGCUGCAAGGUGCCUGACAAGCAAAAAUUGCCCGCCAAGUACAUAACACGCAAGAAGAAAAAUUAAAUGGCUCAGGAAUUUUAACAGAAUAAAUGCAGUGCAAUUUGAUGGUCCUUUUAUUCCAAAAUAUUGUGGAACAUUUGUUCCAGAUCACAAAGGAUCUUUUUUUUUGAGGACAUGGAGGAGCCAAUACCUUGAGCAGGAUCCCAUGCCACUUCCCACAGUAUGGUCAGCCUAGAGGAAAUUGUUACUUCUCAAUAGCUAAAGGUUACAAAGAGCCAGCAUGCAAAGCUAGGGCACAUCCUUAGGCCCUGAUGUGCAUGAAUUAGGUCAGGUAGCACAGGAGCAGGAUGUGAGAAGGGAGGCUCUCCAUCUUCACUACAACCAAUACAAAAGGCAGCUUUGGCCUAGGACUGGGAUGUAAUACUUCACCAUCAUACUAUGCUUUUCCUCCUCUCCUUUAAUUGGAAAAUUAACAUGGUCUCAAACACCAGCAAUAUCCCAAACCACAAUGAUGCUGUUCAAUUGGCAUCACACAUAUUUCUGAGACAUCCAAAGGGGAUAUGUGGACUCUGUUGAUUUCAAUGAAGAAAUCCCCAGGGCUGACAUGUCCACUGAUUAGGAGCCAAGGGUAUGACUUAUCAUUCAUUUCAGGGCAGGGCAUAAAUCAGCAUUGCCAAGUCUAAUUUACUAGUGACAGGCUGAUUGCCACAGCUUUAUCAAACACCUUGCAAGCACUUCAUCUCUUUUCUGUCAUCCUGAAGAGGGAUGGUCUAAUAACAGAAGAAAAACCAAUUUCCCCAACCAACUUAUUGAUUUGAAAGGCAGCUAAGAUGUUGCUGGAAGUAGUGGUCUCACUGUGACCUUCAUCACACUAAAUCUGGCCUUCUCUCAUGGACCUGCUGAGCUACCCCUCAGCUCUUGAGGUUGGGCAGAUGUGGAGUAUCCAACCCAACUUGGAGUUCAGCCUCUACUCCCAAAACCACACAAGAAGUCACCACAAUUAAGCAGUCAGAGUACUUAAUUCAGAUACUGCAAACACUGCAGCUCUGGUAAUAAGGGAAAGACUUCAUCACCAAGAAGAGGCACAUAGUAUUUCAAAAUACUUGAAUAUAGAAUGCAAAGGCUAAGCAAAAGGGGCCCAUACUGCAACUCUUUGCAGUUGAAUUACUGCCCUAAGCACUUGGAAAGUGCUUAUCUCCCCUGACAUAUCCAGUCUCUGCAGAAAAGGAAUAGUUUCUCACUGGCUGUAAGAAUUAAGAUAUAAAAUAUAUAAUGCCUCUUUCUUCAUAAGAGAGGACCUGAGCAUAUGCAUCUUCUACAUGAUGGAAAGCUGAACAAGGAAGAAAAUUAUUAUCUAGAACCCAUGUUUUAAACCCUAGAUGGCUCAAACUAAGCAUGUAAUUUUGUUGUGAGUGACAACCAUCAUGUCUCUAAUGGUUUUCUCAGGUUAAGUGGUAAAUAUUCCUUCAAGGCUUGAAAAAUGCUUCCUGUAACUGCCUCCCAACUGUGGCACAAAAGCCACACCUAUUUCUCCACUGUCUGUUAGAACAAAUCUUUCUUCCUGUGUGUAAUUGCCUUAUCCUAAUAAGGUCCACCCCAUGAGGUCAUUUUGCAGAAACUUCAUUGGUGCUAGAUUUGCACAGUCAGUUUGCUCAAGGGCUGUUACCACAAAUUCCCUCUCUAUAUAAAGUCUCUCAGAAGAUGAGCUUUGCACCGGCCAUCUCCUUACUGGAAGGCUCAUAAUUCUGCAAGGAUGAACACCAUUGUGGCCUGCCUUCUCACUCUUGCCAUCAGCAUGCCACUGUCUGAUGCUUCUUGUGCCCUUAUGCCAUUCAAGCCAGGGAUGUCCAAUGGUGUGGUUGUAGGCUGCCUUGACGAGGAAGGAAAGGUCCAUGAAUUUGGUUCCAGAUGGAGGACCGAGAACUGCAAUGAUUGCUCCUGUUCCAGGGAUGGAAUUGGCUGUUGCACUAGCUAUAUGAGACCAGUCGACUACGAUGAAGAGAAAUGUGAAAGCAUUUUCAACAAGGACACUUGCUCUUAUAAAGUGGUGGAGAAAGAUGAUCACUCAAAAGAAUGCCCAGUCCAUUCAUGGGUGGGGUAACAGAAGAAUGGUGGGCUGGGGGUAUAUUUCCUUUUAUUAUUUUAAUGGUUCUCUCUCACAAAUUCAAAGACACUUAAAAUGCAGCUGUUGAGGGAAAUCUACUCAUAAAACCCAACAUAAAAUGAAACUGUCUACUCACAAAAAUAUCCCUUGGUUUCUCUGCCUUAAGCUUCACUGUGAACAAAGAGCUGACUUGUUCCUUCCUUGAGGUCAGACAUUAAAGGUGACAUUUUAAAGCAUCCUUGGCAGUUGCUAAUCUGUAUUCUUCUCUGGUCAUGUCUCAGUGCCAAGGAGCAUAUUCUAUAAUCUGUGCACAGUUGUAACUUAAAGCUAAAAUAAAAUUAAAUAAAGCAUCAGAAAUUCUUGUAA